CUUUUAAAUUGUCCCUAGUGCAGUCUCUUCUUCAGGAAAGGACACUAAUGUACCUCGGAGCAACAUGGCCGAAAAUAAUCAGGAUCAGACCUUUGUUGUGAUUACCGGAGAUCCGCAAAAGGGACAUGGCGCGCGGCUGAGCCAGGCACGAUCGCAUCUUGCGAAGCAAUACCACGGCAAAAAGAGAUCGCAGAAUACGAAUGCGAAUACUCGACAGGAUAAUACUCGACAGGCUCAGCAGGUCAUAGCGUUGCGACGGGCAUUGCAGGCUGUUCCGCCAGGAAUCCGCCUCCUGUUGGAACCACCGCCGACGCCGCCGUCGGUGCCCGGGGUUAAGAGGAUGCAGAGAUUCAUGUAUGAUUAUGUGCAUCCUGGAACUGGUCUGCAUAGAUUUUUCUUGUCGAUUAUCUAUGCUGCGAUCACCCAUCCGGCACUUAUGAGUGCGAAGAUCUUGAGUGCAUCGGCAUGGGACGAUCUAAAUAAGACAGAGCAUAUUAGUCCUAUCACGAUGCAGCAAUCCAAUAUUACCAGGGAGUUGUUGAACGGGUCUUUGACCAAUGAAGAACAGCGCUUCAGUGACGUGACUGUCGCGGCUUUGCUUUCGGUUCUGCUUUUUGAUUUGGUCAAUUUUGAUGCUGUCGCUUUUGAAAAUGACCGAAUUGGUCUUGAUAUCAUCAUUAAGGCUCGCGGUGGUAUUGAAAAUCUAGGGUUCGAGGGACGCUUACGUGAGAGCUUGAUAUUGAUGGACCAAUUUCGGAGAAUCGGGAAACCCCCCUUGGACAGUUGGAAAUCUUUAUCACCAGCGGACUUUGCUGUCUUUCCAUAUGCGCCAAUAGACAUGACUGCAUUUACACUCGGGUGCCCUGAGUGUGACUGUUCCCAAUCAGUCACUCAAUCACUCACAGAUCUAUACCAAUCAGUACUGCACUUUGCGACCUAUACUACAUCCACAAAACCAGUCUACGAAGAUUAUCAAUACCCUCCAGCUAUAGUCAGGCCCCACAUGCUGAUCGAGCAAUCGGUUCACAGCCAGCAAUCGAAUGACGACGACCCAAGAAUUCCGGUAUUGGAUCAAGCACGAUACCUACUCAAUCUGUCAAAUUCAGUAUCCGACAUCGAUCCUAGCUUAGCUCAAGGCGUUACCCAUUUGAAAUAUCUUCUGCACCGAACCGACAUGGACGUUUUCUGGGGCCCACUUCCCGGUGCAAUGAUUUGGUGUCUCGUCAUCGGUGCUCGACUAGCCCAGCCGGGAUCUGCCAGAAAAUGGUUUAUGAUGCAGAUCCAACGUACCUGUUGUGCGAUGGCUGUGGAAACUUGUGAGAGGGUACUUCGAUGCCUUCGGACUGUGCUAGUGGGGCUCGAUGGGGCUCAGAUUAGUAGGCCCGAGGUGUCUCUGAUGAGUUUUGUGUGAUGGUUUAGAAAUAUAAUGAUAAUGUUCUGUGACGUUACUAGACCCUACCAGGCACUGAAGAUCCAAGAUACAUGAUGAUGAAAAGGGUCGAAGAAUAUCCGAAUAGACAGAGAGAGGUACGAAGUGCCCUAUGAAUCUAGUGGCGAAGAAAGCGUGACUCGGCAGUUUGUGAUGGUUGCGGGAACCAGAUUUACUCCGACUGGCCUCGGGCGAAAGAGUCGAAUCGAGUCCGGAGGCCAGCAAAAUGUGG